AUGGGAAUACUUUUCUGCGUGUGCCUCAUGAUUUAUCCGAUAUUUACUGAAACACGUAAAUUGCCAUACGAUAUCUACAUCCCCACAAUCGACAUACUGAGCUCACCUCAGUAUGAAAUCGCUUACGUCACUUUGUUCGCAUUGACUCAAAUCAAAAUAUUACAACAUCAGCUGGCAACACUAAAAACUAAAACCAUUGGAAAGAGAGCAGAAAAGUUGGAUUUAACCGUCAACAAAAUCAUCGAAAAUCACUUGCGGAUAAUGGACCAUGUGCAGGACCUUAAUUCGCUUAUCUCCCACAUCUGUUUAAUCGAGUGCUUACUGUUUGGUGCGUUGCUGUGCGGUCUGCUCUACCUCCUAACGACGACCGAGAAUCAAAGCCUAUUUGUCUUGAUAAUAGUGUACUUUAACACCAUAGUAGCACAGGUUUUUAUUCUAUACUGGCAUGCCAAUGAAGUACGCGAGGAAAGUCUUGCGAUCGCUGAUAGUGCCUAUGCUGGACCAUGGACAGAAUAUGAUGAAUCCGUUAGGCAAAAACUUUUACUGAUCAUCCUCAGAGCCCAGCGCCCGUUGGAGAUUAAACUGGGCAACAGCUUUCCAAUGACGCUGGAGAUGUUUCAAUCUUUGCUCAACGCAUCUUACUCGUUCUACACAAUACUAAGACGAUUUAAAAACUAGGAAAUCUAGUCACGCGCACAAAAGUUUUACCUUUUUCAAUAGAGUGGUUAAUAUGUGCACUGCACCCUGGCGGAAACCGUAACCGGAUUAUGACAUCUUAAUGUCAUCAUAUGCUGUACUGCAACCAUAUGUUUUUGUGAGAAGCGAAUUUCUGCAGAACAAAAAUUCCUAUGCAGCUACGACACCUCUUUGCACCUAAAAAUUAAGUUAUACUUUUCACACAAUCACUUUUAUAGAGAAAAAACUGAUUUUA